AUGCAGCUCCGUAUUAUCCUCAUAUUUGCCGUGGCACUUGCCACCAGCCCUACCGUUGCAGCGGACACGAUGGUCUAUAUUCACAUGCUGUCGAACUGGGGAACCUGGGAUGGCUGGGGUACAUCGCUGGCUUGGUGGGCAAAGCGGUUUGGCGACCGGGAUGACCUGGCCGAUGUCUUCUUCACGCUCAACUCCACUCAGUUCAGCAGCGAGACACUCCCGGGCAUGGGGAUGACCAUUGCGCGCUACAAUGCGGGCGCAUGCAGCCGGAACAAGAUCAGCGGCCGCAGCAUGGUAGAAUCGCCUAACAUAGUGCACUCUCGGCAGAUGGAAGGGUUUUGGCUGGACGGCAACGAUUCGGAUUCGAGCACAGCAAGUUGGGACUGGAGCGUUGACGCGAACCAGCGGGCCAUGCUGCAGAAAGCACGAGCCCGCGGGGCCGACCGUUUCGAACUAUUCAGCAACUCGCCCAUGUGGUGGAUGUGUCAGAAUGAUAAUCCCUCGGGUUCCAACUGCCUCAACGUGCCGAUUCAACACUGCAACGACGAGAAUCUGCAGCCUAGCUACCGGCAGGAGCACGCCGUGUAUUUGGCCACAAUCGCGAAGUACGCCCGAGACAACUGGGGUGUGGCGUUUGAGUCCGUGUCGCUGUUCAACGAGCCUUCAUCGCACACGUGGAUCGGCUAUCUGAACGACUUUGAAGCCUGGGUGGCCGCGAAGGCCGGAUAUGGCAAUUGGGGCACCCAGGAAGGGUGUCACAUCAACUGGGACACAAUGCCGGUGUUGAUCAAGGCCCUGCGAAGGGAGCUCAAUAGCCGUGGCCUAACUGGGGCCUUGAUAGCGGCGGCAGACGAGAACUCGUAUCGACAAGCCAUCGACACGUGGCAUGUCCUCGACGACGCGGCGGUGCUUGGGGAAGUUCAACGGGUGAAUGUCCAUAGCUAUUGGGAUGGGCAGCGCGACGUCCUGCGCGACUUGGUCCUGGGCCACGGCCAGAAACUGUGGAUGAGCGAGUACGGCGACGGGGAUGACACGGGUCACGAACUGGCCAAGACGUUGCUGCUCGACUUCCGCUGGCUGCGCCCGACGGCAUGGGUGUACUGGCAAGUGCUUGACAAGGGAGGUUGGGGCCUCAUCGACGCUGAAAACGACAACGGUAGGCUCGGGGAGGCAACGCAGAAGUAUUUCGUGCUCUUGCAGUUCACGCGCCACAUCCGGCCUGGGAUGCGCAUUCUCGACGGCGGUGCCGAGAACGUCGUGGCGGCGUACGACUCGGCGGCGAAGAGGCUGGUGGUUGUUGUCGCCAACUGGGGCUCCCGCCAGGAUUUCAAGUUUGACCUGCAGCGCUUCGCAACGUCCUCGGCCCAUGGGCCCCCCCUGAGGCGCUGGAGCACCAAGAUGGGCCGCGGUGGAGAUCGUUAUGCGUACUCUGAGUUCCACGAGGAUCCGGUUUUCGGUGACACGGUGUUUGUUCAGAAUAUCGACGCGAAUACAGUGGCGACGUUCGAAUUCGAUGGCAUCACCACGAGCGACUUCUACUCGAUAAAGGUCAACGCCACGUGGGCCCCGGAUGGUGUCCUGAAGCAGUCCGACUUCUACGGGGGCACCAACCCUCGUGCUGCCGUCAGCUUCGUGCCAAGCCUGGUAGCUCUGAGCGGGCCGGUGAAGAUUGAGAAGAUGUGGUUCCGGUCCGGUGAUCGACUGGACUAUAUCAGACUGGACAUCUCGGACGGCGGCGAAACAAAGCCGGCCCACAUCUAUCAUGGAUCGGAUGGGGGUGGCCACGGGGUGGACAUGACAUUGGGCUCCGGCGAGUACUGGACCGAGGCGGAACUGUGUCAGGGAGAUCGCCCAAACGGCUGGGGCACUGGUAUAUACUAUAUCAAGGCCAUGACUAGCGAGGGCCGCUCCCUGGAGGCCGGCCAUAAAACCAGAGACUGCCAUACCUUCAAAGCACCCAUGAGGUGGCAGAUCGUGGGGACCGUUGCCUGGGAGGGCAGGGAGAUAGAUGGGUUAUCUUUUGUCUACGGACCUCGGUGA